UGUUUGACGUUAUCAGCAAAAGUUAAAUGAUCCUUCAUUUUCACUCUCAUUUCAUUCCUCCUGUAAAGUCCACACACCAUUCCAUCUGAUCACCUCUUCAUUCCCAUUCCUCUCCACUCUCCGCCUAACCGUCUAUCACACAAACCAUGGCCAGCGAUCUCCAUUUCUACGCCAUCCUCUUCCUCAUCUGGCUCAUCUCCACUGUCCUUAUCCGGAUCAUCUUCUCUAAUUCCCGAACCAGGGCCCGCCACCUCCCUCCGGGCCCGAUACCCCUCCCCAUCAUCGGACAUCUCCACCUCCUCGGUCCCAUCCCUCACCAAGCUUUCCACAAGCUCUCCAAGCGCUAUGGCUCGUUGAUCCACCUCCGCCUCGGCUCUGUCCCCGCUGUCGUCGCCUCCAACGCUGACAUUGCAAGAGAAAUCCUCAAGACCCAUGAGACCACCUUCGCAUCCCGACCUCAACCAUCAGCCAUCCGUUACCUCGCCUACGGCACCUCUGGUUUCGCUUUCGCUCCUUACGGCCCCUACUGGAAGUUCAUGAAGAAGCUCUGCAUGUCCGAUCUCUUAGGUGGGCGGACGCUUGAUCAGCUCCAGCCCAUCCGUAGUGAAGAGAUCCGGCGAUUCUUGCGACUUCUACAUAAGAAAUCCAAUGGAGGAGAAGCAGUCGAUGUUAGCCGAGAGCUCGUAACGAUGACGAACAACACAGUAUCGAGGAUGGCAAUGAGCUGCAUAUGUUCGGACUCGGAAGGGGAGGCGGAAGAGAUGAGAAAGCUGGUGCACGAAGUGGCGGUGCUGGCCGGCACGUUCAACAUAUCGGAUUAUAUCGGGUUAUGUCGGAAUUUGGAUUUGCAGGGACUGAAGAAGAGGUACAAGGACGUGCACCAGAGAUUCGAUGCGAUGAUGGAGAGGAUCAUCAAAGAGCAUGAAGAACAGAGGAAGAUGAAGAUAGGGAGAGGCGAUGGUGUGAAGGAUAUUCUCGAUAUUUUGCUCGAGAUAACGGAAGAUGAGAGCGCCGAGAUGAAACUGACGAGGGACAACAUCAAAGCCUUUAUCCUGGAUAUCUAUGUGGCAGGAACCGAUACGUCUGCAAUCACAACGGAAUGGGCCUUGGCGGAACUCAUCAACCAUCCCGACAUGUUCAAGAAAGCAAGGGUAGAGAUCGAUUCAGUCGUAGGAAAGAAUAGAUUGGCUGAAGAAUCAGACGUCCCAAAUCUUCCUUAUCUCCAGGCAAUUGUCAAAGAAACACUCCGACUGCACCCGAGCCCUCUGCUUCAUAGAGAAUCCACUGAAGAUUGCAAGAUCGGAGGCUACGAUGUACCGGCUAACACCCUAGUGUUCGUCAAUGUGUGGGCCAUCGGAAGGGACCCUGAGCAUUGGGUUGACCCACUUGAAUUUCAUCCUGAGAGAUUCAUGCCGUCUGAUGAUGAGAGUGAUCGGAGUCACCACGUGGACGUUAGGGGGCAGCAUUUCCAUUACUUGCCGUUCGGGAGUGGUCGGAGAGGCUGCCCGGGCAUUUCUCUAGCGUUGCAGGUCGUACAAACGACGCUCGCUUCCAUGAUCCAAUGCUUUGAUUGGACGGUUGGGAUUGACGGAGAAAGUGCAACUGUUGAUAUGACGGAGGGCCCAGGAUUGACACUCCCUAGGGCACAUCCCUUGUUGUGUUUCCCCGUCGCCCGUGCAAAUCUCGUUCCUUUUAACUGACUUAUAUGAAACACUUAAGUUUGUGAUGCCCGCAUGUGUGUGAAACCACCACACAUGCCAGUGUGGGACACGUGUAUGAGGUCCACGCUUUCCAUGAGGUGGGCUACGUUGUCUAGUCAGAAUACUACUGCACAUCGUGUCCCACCCGAUGGAGAAUGUCGAAUGUGGGGAGCAUGCAACUUUGGCAAGUGCUUCUUUGCUUAGCAAUGUGUAGCCUGGUAGGAGCUAUUCCAAUAAGGCCUGCGGACCUAAUGUUCGUGUGUAAGUGUUACACGUGUUUUCCCUCCAUAGUCAGCUUUUUCAAUAAUAUUCUGAUAAUCGGAGUUUGUGAUGGGAAAGAUUAUUGCCACUGAAAUAAAUGUUUUGAUUAAUCA